CGGUGCGGGCACUCGGUUAAAGAUCGGCGAUCCGGAGCGAUCGACGGCGGUACUUUUGACCCGGUCGGCGGCUCUGUAAUCGGUCACUGCAAUAAGGGUUAUUAAAAGUUUCCCUUCGCCAACUUUCCGCGGAAGAUUUCCGCGAUUUGCGGCACGUGGAAAGCCUGUCUCCGCGCGCUCGGCCAGCAGGUGAAAUACCCUGGCCCCGAGGUGAAUCAUCCAGCCAGCCGGAUGAUAAAUCCACAUCCUAAAUCCGUUUCGCUUUCCCACGUUCAACCGGUUGCCGGCGAUAAAUAAGUUCGAAGACACAAAGUGCAAUUCCAGGAAUAUUAUGAUUAAUCCAAAUAGUAUUGAUUUUGUUGUGCAAACAGUCGCCAAAAAAUAUUAUUUCGGGUUUUGGUGAAACAUAAGUGAAGUUAACGAGAAUAAACCUGCUGAAUAUUUGCAUUGAGAAAUACUUAAAUAUCAACUAAAGAAUAUUAUGAAGAACCCAAGUGAAAAUAGGCAGCUAAACAAAAAGCCCAGCUGAUAGUGAAUCCCUCGUGUGCAAGAAAGAAUUUUCCACAAGUUAAUGGCUAUUCUGCAGAAUAGCCGCCAGAGCCACAACCAAAUCAACCAAAUUCCACUCCACAUCCAGACGAUCCAGAGUGUUUGGUGCCACCAGAGGCCACUCGAUGCCAUGCACCAGGAUGUCCGGCAAAAGAGCAUCGGAUCCGGAAGCGGAAGCGAGGGCCAACUGGAAGCGAAGGAGAAGAAGACGGCGCUGGAUCCCGCCGCUGAGAAGGGGAUCCCUGCCAGGAGGACGAGGAGGAGGCGGCGCUGCAGCAGCAGUUCCACCAGCGACUCCAGCGAGUCCUCGGACCUGUCAACGGAGUCGGACUCCGACUCGGACUCCUCCUCCAGCAGUCGGAGCAGCAGAAGCAACGCGAAUUUACCACCCGCCCUCAACUUGCCAGUGCCCCUCCCCCUGGCGACGCCCACUCCCCCCGCCUCCUCGCCCCUGCCGCCUUGCUCGUCCAGGAGGAGCUCCGUCGACUCCAGCCGGAGCAUCUCGCCGGUGGCGGUGCCCGUGGACCCGCAUGCCUGGUCCGCCGAGGACAUCGCCAGCUGGGUGAAGUGGACGACGCGCAAGUUCCGCCUGGACCCGGAGCCGGACAUCGAGCGCUUCCCCAAGGACGCCCAGGAGCUGUGCGAGCUGACCCGGGCCGACUUCUGGGUCUGCGCAGGGUCCCGCCGCGGCGGCAUGCUCCUGGCCAAGCACUUCGCCCUGACUCUCUACCACGCCACGGGACGCGAGACGAGUCCCAUGCUCAACGACAACGAGCCAAAUCCGUAUCAGCUGCUGAACGCUGCCUCGCACCGAUUGGUCGCCCAGGUCGGGGGCCAGAUCCAGCUGUGGCAGUUUCUGCUGGAGCUGCUCGCCGAUUCGUCCAACGCCGCCGCCAUCAGCUGGGAGGGCCAAUCGGGCGAGUUCCGGCUCAUCGACCCGGACGAGGUGGCCCGCCGGUGGGGCGAGCGCAAGGCCAAGCCCAACAUGAACUACGACAAGCUGAGCCGUGCCCUCAGGUACUACUACGACAAGAACAUCAUGACGAAGGUGCACGGCAAGCGGUACGCCUACAAGUUCGACUUCCACGGACUGAUGGCCGCCUGCCAGGCUCAGGCGCAGGGCGGCGACCCCGCCUCCGGGAUGCUGGGCUCCUACAACCCCCACGGCGGAGGGGCGAUGCAGUUGGGCCGCCACCCACCGGCGCUGCACCACCCGCACCCGCACUCGCACCACCAGCACGCGCAUCCGCACCACCAGCUGGGCCAGGCGCACUUCCUGCACCCGCACCACCAGUCGCCCGCCUCCACGAGCUCCAGCCUGGGCUUCCCCUCGCCCUCGACGGCCUCCUCGCAGCCUUCGCCCGGCCAAGGACCCGCUGCCCCUUCCUCCUCCGCCUCUGCCUCCGCCCCCGCCGCCUCCUCGAACUUCUCCGCUCCAUUCCUAGGCGGGCCGCCAGCCGGAGACCCUGCGAGGACGUCCUCGUCCGCGGGCAGCUACGACCCGGGCACUCCCACCACGAAUGCAUUUAACUGAGCCGCAGCAACCCCAAUUUGUCGCCGGGGUUGUAAGCCAAAAAAAGGGGAAGGAGGAGGAGGAGGAGGGGGUCUAAGGAUGCGCAGGACCACCCACUGCGCACGGAGAGUGAAUGGCGGACAGCCACCUCCCACCACCCAGCGAGGGUCAGAGCUUCGACCGUAAAAAGGUCAUUUCGCAUAAUUCCAGCUACUUUGGGUUAAUUGGGGAAUUGUGAUAACCCGGAGCAUCGCAGAGCAAUACUCGGAGACGAGAGCCAAUUUGUUAGUUCGCCUGUUAUCCUUCGCUUCUACGUAGUCGUAAGCACACAUUCGCCGGAGAUCCUUUAUUCCAAUCGGGGUCUCGCCAUUGAGUAAUUCUAAGUUCGCACAGAGUAAAUACAUGAGAGCGUAAAGCAAAAAUA